AUGGUGCCGUGGAAGUCCCCCCGGGCGCCGGCCAUGACCUGCGCGGUGAAAGCGCACCGAUACCGCGCCUGCACGGUGCGGUCGUCGGCGUUGUCGUCACCCGCUGCGUCCAGCAGGCGGACCAGAGACAGGUGGGACUCUACCUCUCCGGCCACGUACAGCAGCGCGGUCUUCACGCGGCCGGACCGGGACAUCGAGGAUCGCCCAAAAAAGCGGCGUAACCUCGGUCCUGACCUUCCGGUCCAGCACGCUGAGCACGUAGGCCCGGAGCACCUCGAGCAGCCCGCCGGCGCGCAGGACGGACAGCUUCCCGGCUACCAGGGACUUCCUGACUUCCUCGUCGCGCGCGGUUGGGAGCGGUCCCAAGGAGGCGGGGAAGCCGUCGAUGAUCGAGAUCAGCGAUCCCCAGGCGUCGUCUACCGCUGCAGUUGGCGACGACGCCGGAGGGUGCGGGCCGGCGACGACGUUGCACGGAGUGGCAUCGCCUCCUACUUCUGCUGCUUCUUCUUCUGCUGCUGCUGCUACUACUGCUGACGAGUGCGCCACUCCGGCGGAAGCCAUGAUUGCGCACACGCGUCAAUGCAAGGCUGCGCAAAAACACCCAUGCCGAUGAUAAGAGGGUCCACGCGGAUGAUAUUCUAUCCGAUAACUAAAACGAACCAAACGCCAUCUUUCAUUUUUUGGCGAUUAACCCGCACGGUACCCUAUGAGCCCGAGCUUGGCUCGGGUAUGGAGGUGUCCUACCCAACGCGAUUGACCCCGACGAUCACAUCAGGACUCUCGUUGUGGUGAUCGGCUCGUAUUAGAGUGCGCAAGUCUUGGCCCCAAACAACGUCCACCGAUGGGAGCACGAGUGAAUAUGUAGAUACACCCCCGAAAUUUCUCUUGAAGAUCCUUGUACAGCGUUAUCUAUCCGUACAGUGUCGUCGAGGAGUCGGCCAGCAAACUGCUCGAUCAAAUCGGACACAGGAAGGCAAAUCGCCCGCGGUUUAACGCAAGACGGGUUCAUAAUCAGGUUUAUCUCGAGCACACUUUGGAAUCUCUCGGGGGACUGUCCUGUCGCCCGCGGACGCCGAAAAAAAAGGGAGAAACCAGAUCAACGCGUCAGCAACACCGCCUCGACGGCGAGAAGGGCGGCAGGACAACAACCGCCGCCAGCAGCAGAAAUGCCGGGGGGGCAUACAGCAUUGGCACCAGAACCUAUUCCGCUUGGAGGGGCAACAGCAGUGAGAAAAACACUUGACAAUAAUGUGCACCGGAAGGAGGACCAUGAACACCCAGCACCACCUUCAUGGACACCUCGCUUCGGAGAUGGGAACACGGAGCCUGGCGGCCACCUGGAAUGCUGUUGCCCUGGGGUGCGCAUCUCCUAUUGCAAGCUUUCUCAGGUGGUCUUGGCAACCCUUGUGGCGGUAUUUAUCGGAGUCACGCUAGCGUCUGCGAUAUUCUGACUGCCUAUGCUAUCGCGUGCUAGAGCGGGUGGCAAACCUAUUAGUGCAGUGUUGCUUGCGAUUUUACCGUCAUACAGUGCGGCGGAAAUGGUCCAGCCAAGAGGUCACGGGUUUACUGGGGAUUCGCCACCGUUCAUCAAGCACGUCUCCCUUACGGGUGUUGCUGUUUUCACUUGAAAUCGUCCGGUGCAUGGGAGCUCCGGUGCACACUGCAGAAGCAGCAGCUUGUGCGUUGUGAGAACGCAGGCUUCAUAGGACUACUACAUUGCGGGUGCACAUGCCGUACAUGCGUGCAUGCCCACCCCAGUGAUGACAAAGCGGGGGUUGGCCUCCCAAGCGAUCAGAAUAGAACGAAGUGGAGAGCUGUGAUCACAG